AAACGCAAAAGAGCGACCUCGUCCGCGAAAAACGCCCCCAUGUCGGAAACCGCGCCGGCCGUGCAGUCUGCCUCCAGAGAUGUCAAUGGCGACGAUGAGGCAAUAACAAGCAAAGAUGCGAACAGUAUGGAUCCUCCAUCGAAGCGCACAAGAGCCAGCAGUUCUGCGACCAAUGGCAGUAAGAAGGCCAAUGCAGCGACAGAACAAGAAAAGCCCCAGAUCACCAUUUCCACGGGAAACAGAGUAUCUAUGCCUGCGAACGGCGCUGCAGAUGGCCAGGGCGAGCAUGGAGAGGCAGGCACAAUGCGAAUGGCAGCCCCGCCCAAAGCUGGUCUCGUUGAUCCUGCUGGUGGUUACAAGACAAACCCACCGCCCAAGGAUCGUCCUGUGCGAGUGUACGCCGAUGGUGUGUUUGACAUGUUUCAUCUGGGGCAUGCGCGAGUACUGCAGCAAGCCAAGACGGCCUUUCCCGAUACCUACCUCAUUGUUGGUGUGACAGGUGAUACCGAAACGCACAAGAGGAAGGGCCUGACUGUGAUGAGCGCUGCGGAAAGAGCAGAGAGUGUCAGACACUGUCGUUGGGUUGACGAGGUCAUUGAGGAUUGUCCUUGGGUGAUUGAUCUGGAUUUCCUGGAGAAGCAUAAGAUCGAUUUUGUUGCGCACGAUGAUCUUCCAUAUGCCGCGGCCGAGGGCGACGAUGUGUACAAACCGAUCAAGGAGAAGGGAAUGUUCUUGGUCACACAACGGACAGAAGGCGUCUCGACGACAGGCAUCAUCACCAAGAUUGUGAGAGAUUACGAGCAGUAUGUUGCAAGACAAUUGAAGAGAGGCACGCGCAGACAAGAAUUGAACAUUUCCUGGCUCAAGAAGAACGAAUUGGACAUCAAACGCCACGUCUCGGAGUUGAGGGAUACCGUCCGCAACAAUUGGACAACGACGGGACAGGAGCUCAGCAAGGAGUUGCGACAAUUCUGGCAGCCUAGCAGACCUAGCAGUCCUGCACCUUCUGCAGCUGGCUCACUUAGGAAUGGCUUGUCUGCAGGUGGUAGAGACAGUCCUGCGCCAUCCCCUCUCCCGAGCGAUCGCCUGCUGAGAGAUGCUACACGCAGCAGCACGCCGAGCAAAGGUCGUGGCUCGAAUUUGGAUUUCGCGGCAGGAUAUGCGAUGGGUCUUAUUGGUGGUGUGAAGGGCUGGAUGGAAGGCAGCAAGAGGAGAAACUUGAGCGACUCGAGAGCACAGAGUCCUACUGAUAGUCCAGAUCGAAGUCCCAUUGAUGAUGAGGCUGAAAGUAGCAGAGGCAGGCAAAGACUUGUGGAGACUCCUAGUGAGGAGAGGAUUAUUGACAAGUUGCCGCACUCAUAGUAUGGGUGCCAUGGUAGGAGCAGCAUGCCAGGAUCUUGGUUGGAGGAGCAUGAAGAGGAAGCUGAUGAUGUGUUUGAAGAGGCUGUUGAAUGUUUGAGACGUCAGAUUCAAUCACAUCGCCCGUUUUCAAGCGAUGGGCGAGCAAAAGCGGAACUCCGCUGAUGAGGCAGACACUAGCGGCAGAAGAAUGAUACAUUUUCGUAAUGGCAGGGCAUGGCAAAAAGGCAGGCGUUGAGAGGGUAUAGAAUCUGUGCAUGCAGAAGAAGUUCAGGCAGUACUUGCAUUUCCAGGUGGUGCUGAUAUCUAAUUGUACAUAUCUCUCUGGUAGGUAUAGAUCCUUGAAAUUUUAGGGUGAAAAUACAGUCCCC